AAUUUCUUUCCAUCUAUACCAAAACGCUUCUCAAUCCCAUUUCUCCAGAUCUACAACCCGCGUUUUGCAUACAAGGAAAAUUUUCCAACUCAUGGGUUCCGCUUCACUUCUGAAUCCCUCUGAUUCGUCUCUACCGGGUGGCAAGGACAACACGAGUAAAGAAGAGUCUGUUUCAAACACUGAAGGGGAAGUUUGUCAGAGAGUAGUGAGCAGCCUGCUCCUACUCGGAAAGUGCCGAAACGAUCCGCAAGUGCAGCAAGUAAAAAUUUGAAGGCGAAGUCUUUUUCCAUACCUGAUAAGUCUUGUCUUGUUGAAACAAAGAAGGAUCAGGUUGCAGAAGGAGAAUUGCUAGCGGUCCGUAUGACUGCUGGACAAGAGGAUGACCGCCCAAAUAGAAGACUUACAGACUUUAUCCUUCAUGAUGAAAAUGGUGUAGCACAGGCACUUGAGAUGCUUGAAAUCAAGGAUUUAUUCAUCACUGGACUUAUAUUGCCACUAAAAGGAAAUGCUGACAAGAAAAAAGAGCAAGGUGUUAGAUGUCAUGGUUUUGGUCGAAUUGAGUCAUGGGACAUAUCUGGUUAUGAGGAUGGCUCUCCAGUGAUAUGGAUUUCUACUGAGAUUGCUGACUACGAUUGCCAGAAACCAGCUGGUACCUACAAAAAAUACUAUGAUCUUUUCUUUGAAAAAGCACGGGCUUGCUUAGAAGUGUACAAAAAACUAGCAAAGUCUUCUGGGGGAGAUCCUGACAUAAGCCUUGAUGAGUUACUUGCUGGCAUGGCACGGUCAAUGAGUGGUAGCAAGUACUUUUCUGGAACUGCAUCACUAAAGGAAUUCAUUAUUUCUCAGGGUGAUUUUAUUUAUAAGCAACUCAUUGGUUUAGACACAAUGUUGAAGGCAAAUGACAAGGGGUUUGAAGAUAUUCCUGCUUUGAUUGCUCUUAGAGAUGAGAGCAAGAAACAAGCACACUUUGCAAACACACAAGUAAGGCCAUCAAAUGCGACUUAA